AUGGCCACUGAUGGGCAAGAUCCGCAUGAAGAGAGCAUAAAGGUUUGCUGCAGGUUCCGGCCGCAAAAUCAAUUGGAGAAGGAGAAAGAGCAAAGCGGCCGGAUUUGUGUCACCGUCAAUGGAGAUGGGACUUCCGUGUACGUGCCGUCGAUUGACAACAGCUUUGUUUUCGACAGGGUCUUCGGUGUGGAUGCGACGCAGAAGGAGGUGUAUGACUAUGCUGCCAAGCCCAUCAUCAACGGUGUGCUUCGCGGCUUUAAUGGCACAGUGUUCGCAUAUGGUCAAACAGCAUCGGGAAAGACCCACACCAUGGAGGGACCAGACAUUGAAGAUGAAGUCCAGAUGGGUGUUAUUCCCAGGAUGGUAUGGUCAAUAUUUGACGGCAUUGACCAUGCUGCAGACUACAUCGAGUUCUUGGUGAAAGUCUCCAUCGUUGAGAUUUACAACGAACGCAUUCGGGAUUUGCUGGACCCGAAGAAAGACAACUUAAAAAUCCACGAGGACAAGGCUCGGGGUGUCUUCAUCGGUGAAGUCACCGAGACAUAUGUUGGGUCUGAGCAAGAGAUUUUUGACAUCAUGAAAACUGGCAAGUACAACCGCGCUGUGGCGGCGACCAACCUCAAUGAACAUUCAUCCAGGUCACACCUAAUCUUCAUGCUUACCAUCGAGCAGACCAACUUGCACGAUCGCUCCGUCAAGGUGGGCAAGCUGCAUUUGGUGGAUCUUGCUGGCAGCGAGAAGGUGGCCAAGACUGGAGCCUCCGGCGAACGCUUGGAUGAGGCCAAGAAUAUCAACCGGUCGCUUUCGGCUCUGGGCAACGUGAUCAAUGCUCUCACAGACCGCAAGUCUAAUCACGUUCCUUACCGUGACUCCAAGCUCUCCAGAGUCCUGCAAGAGUCGUUGGGUGGGAACGCCAAGACAUCUUUGAUCAUUACUUGCUCUCCUUCUUAUUUCAACGAGCAGGAGACUGUGAGCACACUACGCUUCGGUCAGCGGGCCAAGAUGAUCAAGAAUGUAGUGAAGGUCAACCAUGAGCGGUCUGUGGAGGAGCUGAAGCUUCUCCUCGAGCGAAGAGACCAGGCAGUGUCAGAGCUGCGUGGUCGGGUUUCCAUGCUGGAGCAGCUGCUACGCUCGAAUGGGAUCACUGUGCCAGAGGACAAAAGCUCGGCAGUGUUCCUGCCAGCUGGGGCCGUGCCGACUCCGGUUGAUGAAGCACAAAAUGCUGAGCUGGAGGAACAGCUUCAGGAACUCAGGGGAAAGCUCAAGACGACCUCGGAGCAGCUCUGUGAGGCCAACAGGGAGAAGGAGGAGGUUCAAUCGCAGUUACGUGUGGCAGAAGAUGAAAAGCAUCGGCUAACGAUGCAGGCAAUGGACGCGCAAAACGACCGCGAAAGCAUCGAGUACGAGAGAAACGAACAGGUCUCCGAGCUGGAAAAGCUCCGAAAUGAAAAAGUGCGGUUGGCACAAGAACUGGAGGAGCUGACAAAGAGCCAUCAGAAUCUCAUCCAGUCUGCGGCAAGUGCACCAACCGGCAAAGGGCCUGGCUGCCGUGCUUCGUCGGCUGAGGACAACGAUGCGGAAAGGCCGUUGUUGAAAUGGAAGGUUUCUCGUCUGGAUCAAAAUCUGGAGCAGCUUACGGUGAUGUACCACAAGCUGGUUGCUCAAAACAGCGGUUUGAAGGUCGAAAGUGCGGAGAGUGACAAGAAAAUCGAGCGGAAGGACCAGCGAAUUCAGCAGCUGGAAAGAAAUCUGCGCGAGGCAAAGCAGAAGUAUGAGAAGUUGUUGACACAAUGCGCGAACCUGACUGCAAUGAUAGAUGUGAGGGGGCGCAAAAACUGCACAUGCGGUGCAAGUGGCAACAGCUCGCAGGUCCGCCGUGCCAUCAAACAACCAUUGCGAGGUGGUGUCGCAUCGACUCGCAGUGAAAACAGUUCGGGACUUGGUACUGCCGAACCACUGGGGACGCCACAAGCUGUGUCACCUAGCCCGCCUUCCGAGCAAGCAUCCACGCCAACAUCCUCGCCCGUGUCGCUGCGAGGGGGGAUCAAGUCUCGUGAGGGAGUGCGCUCAAGCAAGACGCUCCUCGACAGGGCCAGCUGA